AUUUGUUUACAUCAUCAGCUGUUAAUAAUUCAAACCGGCAUAGGUAAUUUAUUUUCGUUCAAUUUUUCUCGUUUCUUUCCAAGAAAAAUCGAUAAACGACUGCAAAUGAGUUGAAAAUGAUUCAAUCGCGCAUCGCAUCCGUGUUAACCCGCCGUAUCAAACAAUUCUACCCAAUAAGAAGUGUACUGACAUCGCCCGCCUACCAUCAGCAUGCAAAAGAAAUUCUCAAAAUUGUGGAUCCAUACUCGAAGAUAAAAAUUCGCUGCAAUUGUGCGUUGAAGAUAGUGCCCUACGACUUGCUGGAUUGUCCCGAUUCGAAUCUUCUGAAAGCCUCGGUUAAUAGCGAGAAAGACCACAACCUGAAUGUUGAGAUUAGUGGCAACGAAGUGUCCAUAAGCGAUUCCAGUGCUCCUUCCAGUCCGGUGAGUUGCAUCCUGGAGAUUCCCAUCAAAGCCGAUCUGGAAGUGCUCAACAAUGGAAGCACAGCGGUUUUCGAUCUGUACAGUGACGAAAUCCGGAUCGAAUCCGGUGGCAAUGUGGACACCAAAAAUCUGCGCUGCACUUUGAUCGAUUUGAGAAGUGCGGACGGGAACAUUUCCUGCGCUGGAACGACACUGGCGCAGAUUAUCAAGGUGGUCACCUCUGGGACGGGAAAUGUGGCGCUGGAGAAACUGCAGGGCGGUGAGGUGGAAGUCGAAAGCAAUGAGGGGGACAUUUCGGUCACUUCGAGUUACUCUAACAAUUCCAGCUUCCGGACCAAUGGAGGCAACUUGCUGCUGAAGAGUAUCCAUAAAAAUUGUCAGGUGGUUUCGAACGGUCCCGGAAAGUUCGUCAUGAAUGGCUUUUACGGAACUCUCAAUGCCAAUGCGGCCAGCCGUGAGGUAUCCCUCCAGCUUUCGGAAACCGUGGGUGAAUGUACGGUGACUGCGCGGUCCGCUACGACCGUAGAUCUUGCCAUUAGUGACACCGUACUGGAAAAUACCGAAGUGCACGUAACGUGUGACCAACUGGAGGUUCAUCCCGACAUGGCGGGGGAUCAACACGCCGAGCUGGACGAGGCAGGGCAGGUAAGUUUCGGGAAGAAGGGUUCCGGUAAUAAGUUGAACGUACACGCCACCGGAUUGGUUACGAUGAAGAAAAUGUCUUGGACAGACUCCUUCGGGUUUGCAUUUAAAGACGAGUAAGCUACAACUUGUUUUAUAGCAUUAUUGUUAGUACUUAAUUAAAAAGAUUUAGAACUA